CGUGCCCUGUUUGUUUCUUAGUUUGACUAUUAAAUUUGUGUUUGUUUGUUGGUUGGUUUGAGGUCUGUCAGCAAUUCAAGUGGGAGCCGCAUGAGAAAAGAAACAUGGUGGGGUCCGGAUUGCAAGGCUUUAUGUUGAGGCCCUGAUUGCGAGGCUAUGGGUGGCGCUAAAGCCAUGUUCUGUGUGUUUUAGUGUGCCGAUGAUGAGCCCGAAUGGCGAGGCUAUGGAUUAUAAAAUUGUCUUGAUUCUGCCAAUAAGCCGUGUGUUGUGUUUUAGGGUUCCGCGGAUGAGGCCCGGGUUGCUGCUAAGCCCUCAGCCGUGUGUUUCAGGGUGCCGAGGAUCUGGGACGGAUUGCCAGCUCAGGGUGACGGAUCGGGCAGAGAGCGGAACUCGCUGAGCCCUGGCUCCGGUGGAUCUGUUUAGUUCGGGACGACUUCUCCCCCCCACCUGCGCGUCACGUGCGAGUCGUGCGGACCGGUGGAGGUGUGUGUUGGUGGGGUUAGUGGCGCGUCACGGCUGGGGAGGACCGUCGGAGGUGUGUGCGGGCGGGAUUAAGUCAGGCCGCGGGCGCGUGACUGUCACGUGCGGGACGGGCGGAUCCAACGGGCACACUGCGCGCCGUGAGUGGCGGAUUUCUACCGAAAUGUCAGCCUGUGUAUGUCAACGAUUUCCGUGAAUGUCAAGUUUAGACGCCAGCGAGACACGCCUAGCUCGGAAACGAUUGCAGCGUCGGACUUUGCGGGAUUCUGAGGACGGUUAACAAUCGUGAGUUGGAAUCGCGCCUUGGACCAUACCUUGGAUCGUGGGUUGGAUCGUGUAUUGAAUUGCGUCUUGGACCUCGUCUUGGAUUGUGUUUUGUAUCACAUCUAGGACUUCAUUGUAGCGAAAGCUGCGGUGAUCCACUGACAGGCGAGGAUGGAAUUCUAUCGGAAGUGUCCCGCGCUCCGAAAGGAAACCGUCAGUUGUUGACGAGCCGGAACUCUGUUUGGAAACUGCGAUGAAUGACACGCCGACGUGUUCAGCAUUCCGACACAGUACCGGGUAUUGUAAGGUGAUGGGGAUUAAGUCUGCGCACAGUGCUGCCUAUUCAGUGUACAUACAAACAUAAACACGGCGCGCUGGGAGAAUUUGCACGAUGGAACGGUGCGCUGGAAGAAUAGGCUAGACGGAACGGUGCGCUUUUCUCUGAGUCUUCACACGGGGACGGUACAUUAUCCAUCUUAGUGGCUCCGCACUGACAUUCACAGAGGUGAGGGACCACGGCCAGUUGUUCUAUGGAUUAUGUACAUUUGGAUUUCUAUGACUGAAUCGUGUGAAUACGGAUUAAUCUGAAAAUUAGAAAAGGAACAGCAUGGUUUACGCGGGACGGUACAUUGUCUACCCUGGAUGGUGCUGACAGUUCCACGCUGACAUCCACACCGGUGAGGGACCACGGCCAGUUGGUCUAUGGACUGCAUGAAUAUCUAUAAGAUUUGUGAGAAUAUGGAAGUAAGAAUGCUGCUGAGGGCUCUACUCUGCCUACAAACCGGGACGGUACAUUACCUCUGCCGGUUGGUGGUGGCUGUGGGCACUAUUGUGUGGCUCCACGCGGGGACCGUACAUUGUCUCUCCCGGGGGGAGGUGGCGGCGCUGAGGACGGCUGCGGUGGGGAAGGGCAGGUUCUACAUCAGCACCGGAAGUGGACCGUACCAUGUGGUGACGGGGAACGGGGUGCCGGCACAUGCCGUGGGGAGGUCCGUGUGGCUCUGGCCGGGAUUCCACAGGACGCCGCCUAUAAAACAGCCGCACAUCUACCGUGUUCGGCGGAACGCCACCUUCGCGUCCCGGCCGAGCUGCCUGCCGGACGGACCCAUAGGCAUGGCUGUGAACGGCGUGCCCAUCUACAGCCCUUACGUCACAGACAGAUGUUAUGACGCGGGGCUGCUGCACAAAGCCGGAGGGUUCGACUCGUGUAGCGGUCAUGUCGAUCCGCAGAGGAACUACCACUACCACGUCAUUACCCAAUUGUCUGCUCAACCAAUCACAGGUAGGAACGUCAUACGCAACUGUCUGCUCAACCAAUCACAGGAAGCUAUCGUUCCGUCCGCCAUUGUCGGUGUCGCCUUUGACGGGUUCCCCAUCUACGGGCCCAGGACAGAGGACGGCACGACCUUGACCUCGGCUGACCUGGAUGAGUGUCAUGGCCGCCUGGUGGACGGGAGAUAUCGUUAUCACGUGACGGAGGACUUUCCGUAUUUCAUAGGCUGUUUCAAGGGCGUGGUGAUGGACGUCAAGGUGAAAAUGGCCGACUGUAAAUGUUACGGUCCCGUCAACCCUUGCAAUCCGCCGCAGAGAAACGCGUAUGACCUGGUAAACAUAGACAGCACCCAAACGCAGCGAGAAUACAGGUUGCAGAUUAAUGGCGGGAGAAUCGCCUGCAAGUUGGUCAACAAUGGAAAUCAGAGCGCUUCACCCUCUCCCGCCUCAGCCAGGAACUGCAAAAUAUCGUCUGCGAUGUCGUCCGUUGUCAUGGUUACGGGUCUGGCUCUGGGAACGAUGUCUCUACUACAGCGAUGAAACGGAAAGUGGGAUUUCAAAUAUAUCAGCAGAUGCAAGAACCUGUUUGUCCUAAAGUUGAGAUGAACUUAAGAAAAACUUAAAAGAAAACCAGGGAUUAAAAAAAAAAAGCCAAGCAAGUCCAAAGGGCGAUUUUCAAACAGGCAGUGGGAGUCCAACCAAGAUCUAUGGUGGCUGUAGGAAGUGGGACAGAAGACUGUAGAACACAGCUGUAGAGUUUCUGAACGCCUCUUGUACUGGCAGAAUCGUCCUGUUAGGUCACCGUACACUGCCGUGGGUAGUCGUACACUGCCGUGGGUAGCCGAUAGGGGGCGCAGUUGCAUGGAGAGACCACGUCCUAUAAAUGUGUAGCAGGAGCAACAUGGUAGAGAAAACUUGUUGAAAUUCAGAAAAAAAGUAGAACUACUCAGCUCUGUCAUCUGCAGUGCAGUCAGUCCCGUCUACGGCGUGGCGACCAACCAAGGAACGCGAAGAAAAUAGUCCGUAGACAACUAGCCAGUACAUACAGGGUUUAACGGGAAAAUUGUCUACGGGACCGCCAAAAUGGUCACCUGGUGUAAUCUCCGAGCAGAUCCUACGGUAGCAUAGGAUAGUACCAACAGCUGCCAAAGGAGUGAGGCCGGCCUAGGGGUGUGUGUCCGACAGGUGCCCGUUUGACUCCCUUUGGCCUGCUAUACUCCUUGGCCAGCUUUGAUGCCAUCUUAUGGCACAAUACGAUCUGCUUGGAGACUACACCUAGUGGUCUUUGUACAGAGGCACAGGUUUUACUGUACUUCUUAGGGCAUCACCUUUUGCCAAUUGCACAUGGACGCAAAGAGCGCCACUGUACUGCACCUACUAGUACGCAACAUCUUGAAAUGUACAGAACCUUCUAGAAUUGUUACUUAACAGUUAUGUGAUUUAUUACUACUCGAUGUCAUCUUUAUCUGUUAUAUUCCAUCUGAAUCUUACCUCCCUCAUGCCGUGACAUCAACGAAAAGCGGCCUGCAGGCCAAUCUGAGGUUCUCAUGAAUAAAUAAAGGUUCAAACAAACAAACAAACAAACAGUUGAUAACAACCCACCGCUGUGGGCCUAACCCUUGACCUUACCUUACAUAACAGUAACUAUUGGUUUUGCGAACUGUAUUUUUUACACCAAACUACGUAGAAGCCACCUUUUUGAAAGUAUGUUACUCCUACUUAGUCUAUCAACAUCAAUAGUUCAACAUAGAGACAGAAAAACAGUUAUUUUGUAAAACAGGAAUUCUCGACUUUAAUUUGUUAAGAUGAAUUAACGGACAUGUUCAAUCAAAAAGUGGCAAUUGAGACAGUCAGUCUUAUGCGAAUGGCAGUAACAAACACACUGACAUGCAAACGUCAUCACCACAAGGUUGAACAAUAUUAUACAUCCAGGUAAUAAGAAUACUCAAUACAAAAGUUACUCAACCAACUGAUUAGCUUUGUAACUGUUUACAAAGGUUGCUUAGGAAACUUUUGUAUCAUACAAAAUCAACACUCUAUGGCAACAAAUUUACUUUGAACGACAAAAUUGUAUCAAAUCAUUAGAGACUCUUACAGAUAUAAAUUGACCACACAUUGUUACAUUGUUACAAUCAUGCAUGUGAUAUCAACAGCUAAUCACAACAUGGGCGCUUCCUUGCUUUGCCACCAAUAGGCUGACCAACAGCACAAGUUGUUACAUCAACAUUCCAGAAAAUUUGUGACUGCCAUAUUUGUUACAUUCAAAACCCACCCAGUGCAUGCUUAUUUGAUACACUGUGAGCAAGUUUCACUAAUAUGAUUGUGGACAAAUCAUAAGAUAACAUAACUUUCUGGAAAAUAGAUUUGAUAUGUUUUGAGCCUCUUUUUAUUAAGUAUC